UGGCAACGAGAGGCGCCAGCGUCAUCAUCGCUUGCAGAGACCCGGACAAGGCUGAGAAGGCAGUGAGGGAGAUCAGGUUCAAGAGUCACAGCCUUAACGUCCUUCACAUGGAGCUGGACCUCGCCAACCUGCGCUCUGUGAGGGACUUCUGCGAGAACUUCCUCCAGAGAGAGAAGAGGCUCGACAUCCUGAUCAAUAUUGCAGGCAUGCCCGGUGUCCUCGACUGGACGGACGACAGCUUCAGCAUGUGUUUUGGCGUCAACCACUUGGGUCACUUCCUCCUAACCAAUCUGCUUCUGCCUCGCCUGAAGGAAUGCGCCCCAAGCCGUGUGGUCACCCUCACAUGCUCCAGCUACAAAUACCAGAAACUGGACUUCCAGGACCUCAACUACAACCUGCUGCCCUUCUUCACCUACUGCCGCAGCAAGCUGGCUAACAUCUACUUCAGUCAGGAAGUGGGCCGCAUCACUGACGGGAAAGGAGUGACCUCCUACGCUGUGCAUCCUGGUUUUGUCCAAAGUGGUUGGACGUGCCACUACUCCAUCCUGUUCCGGAUGCUGAUGCAGGUGAUCAUGUGGAUGUUUUUUGUGCCGUGUGAGAUUGGCGCUCAGACUGUCAUCUACUGUUCUGUAUCAGAUGAAGCCGCCAAACACAACGGGGGUUACUUCGUCGACUGCCGGCCAGCUACUCUGCGUCCUUUCGCAAGAGACGCUGGUGUGGCAAAAAAACUCUGGGAGGCCAGUGAGAGACUGGUGAAACUGGGAAAAGCUGAUUCUUAAGAGUUGUGCAAGGUCAUGUACUUUCUUUUAUAUUUGUGGUUUUUCAUUCACAUUUUUGUUGUGUUCACAAUGUUUAUGUAAAGAUUAGUUUUUAUGUGCUUGUUUAAUUUAAGAGGAAAUGUUUUGCACAAAUAAAAGACAAUGAUUUCUGUCUUUGGAGAGCACAUUGUCAUUUAAUGAGAAUGAUCAUUUAAAGAGGCCCUAUGAUGCUUUUCCCUUUCUUUUAGUGUUGUAUAUAUAUUAUAUUUUUGCACAUGUAAAAGGUCCGUAGAGUUGUAAGAGAGUUGCUGCGGGACAAAACAAGGCGGUUUUUGAGCAUUAACACAUGACACAUUUAGAAUUUCAUCUUUCAAACACUUUGGUUGUAUAUCACUAGAUUUGACUUGGUGAUUAUUUCCUAA